AUGUCUAGGAGUCAAGCUCUCACUAUCGUUGCGCUUCAAUUGCGUUCAGCUAGUAUGAUGGUCCCUGGAUCGACGGGACCAAUCUUGCGGACCCUGCGUCGCCCUCGGAUCCUUCGUCUGACAACGGACGUUGACUGUGGUUCGCGGCUUGCGUCUACAUCACGGGCCACGCUUGGGAUCAACAAAAGCUUUUCCAAAGCCAGUUCUGCAUCAUCUUCGAAGGCAAAUGCUCAAUCGAAUGGCAGCGAUGCGACAUCGCAAGACCCUCCCACUGCUCAUUAUCGUACAUCAAGAACCCUGCCUCCGCAGCAUCCAGGGAGAGGCGUCAGGAACGAGUCCAUCGACCAAGCCAAACGGGAUAUGCAGCUUCGAAAUAUGAAAUUCGACGAGGCGGACCUCAAAUGGCUACGAGAAGCUCGACACACUCUUUACUUGCUGCGUGAGAAGGAAAUGGAACUGCAGCAGGAGCAAAAUAAGAUAGGGAACGUCAUGCAAAAGCGUUUAAGAUUGCGGCAUAUAGCCUCCAAGAAAGAAAAGCUCAAAACGGACGUCGCAGCAGGGUCGGAGGAAGUGAAAUCUGCCGACGAGCCAGCUAGCGAAAGCAGCGAGACAAGCGAGACAAGCACGGAUACUUCAGCAAAGGACCAGCAGGAGCAACAUUUGAAGGAGCUCCGGAAACGGGUAAAGAAGAUCAAACAGGAGCUGGAAAAUAUUUCCAAGCAGGAGGAAGAAAUCCGAGCCAGGAGCCUGAAGAUUCGCUCCUCAUGGCCAAACCACUGUCAUCCCGAUGUUCCAGUUGGACCGGAGGGGAACGCAGUGCUGGUCUCUGUCAAAGAUCCUCUCAACCUGCUACCGACCGAGUUCGACGUCAUGAAGGAGUCAUGGAAUCAAUCAGCAAUCCAAGUCAAAGAUUUCCCCAAUGGGCCGGAAGCAGACCCGGAGCGAGAUCAUCUCUUAGUUGCAUCAUUAGCAGAAGGUUCCGAGGUCGACAUCAUUUCGGGAACUCUGGCAACCGGGAGAUCGUGGCCCUUUUUGCUUGGCAGCAUCAGCAUGCUGGAACAUGCGCUGUCGCAGUACGCCAUGUCGAUCGCAGUACGCAAUGGGUUUUUGGCGGUAUCACCUCCUGAUGUCGUGCGCGCCGAAGUGGCCGACCGUUGCGGCUUCCGUCCAAGAGACGACAAGGCUCAGCAAACCUACUUGCUCGAGAACACAAAGAGCAAGAGCUCAGAUCAGGAUCAGGAUUUGUCAAACGACCUGUGCCUAGCCGCCACAGCAGAAAUUCCACUGGCUGCUUUGCUCGCAGCACGCACAUUCAAAAAACCAAAGCAGGGCGGAAAGAGCCAGAGUUGGAAGUCCGGAAGAGAUUUCCUGAUUGAAAGGACAGGGUUGCCGAUCAAGCUCGUCGCGCUUGGGCAUGCUUUCCGUGCUGAGGCGGGUGCUAGGGGUGCUGAUACACGCGGCUUGUACCGUGUGCAUCAGUUCAGCAAGAUCGAAAUGUUCGUCGCGACGAGCGGUGAAGGGGAGGAGAGUAACGCCAUGCUGGAAGAGUUGCGUGGCAUUCAGGAGGAGGUGAUCGGAGGCUUGGGUCUUCCUUAUCGUGUACUUGACAUGCCAACGGAAGAACUCGGAGCCAGUGCGUACCGCAAGUACGACAUCGAAGUGUGGAUGCCAGGACGUGGAUCAUGGGGCGAAGUGUCGUCCGCGUCCAACUGCAUAAACUACCAAGCUUUGCGACUUGGGAUCAAGAUGGCGCGUACAGUCUUGCCAUCAUCGAUUUCCACUGCGCCAACGGUUGGAUACGACCCGCGUUGUCCGACAGUGCAUACGCUCAAUGCUACAGCAGCUGCGAUUCCGCGACUUAUCCUUGCAAUCCUCGAAAAUCAUGGUCUUGAGAACGAAAAGCUUGUUCUUCCGGAUACUCUGAAGCCGUUUUGGCUCGCGGGCGAAAAGGAUCCUAAUGUCACUUGGCUGCACACGGGCAAGCUCAAUGUCGGCUCGCAGACACGUUUGCAAAGAGCAUUGGCACAAGUUCGAUCAAUUGCAAAGAAGAACGGAACAAACGUUUCAACGAUGGUCGCGUCUUUCCUCAUCUUGCACGAGCUCACCGCACUUGUGCCACUCGUUCUGCUGUUCUACAUCUUCGGAGCGCUGGGGGUCGGAGCAUCAGUCUUGAACUGGCUGCUUGGAGAUGCGGAACAGCAGAGCAGCCAAGACCCCACCUCGCUCGGUGCUCGCUUCCAAGCAUGGGCCCGCUCGAAAGAGGAGCGCUUCGAACGCUACUGCAGGAGGAAAGGCUACCUUGGAUUCGAGAAGCAAGACGCAGAGACUAUCGCUGCAGCUGAUGACCUCGGCAAGUCGAGCCACCUGGCAGGCUCGUUUGCCAAUAUGGUUGCCGCUUACAUCCUGGUCAAGACCUUGAUUCCUGUCCGUAUUGGCGCUUCCGUUGCGUUGGCGGGGCCUUUUUCACGCAGAGUCCUCGAACCGCUCAAGACCUUGGCUCUUCGGACUGUGUCGCUGCGGAAGAGACCAAAUGUGGCCUCAUAA